AUGGACGAGCCUGAACAGGAUAUCAAGGAGAAGCUGGCAGGUCAAAGUCAACAAGACAUGAACCCACACUUGCCAACUGAGCCACGCGAUGGCAGACCUGUCAGCAUCGGUCUAGAGCUGGUGCUUAAAGUAAGAAUUCAGGACUCCAAAGAAAAUGACUUCAUUGAAAUUGAACUGCACAGACAAGAGUUAAGUUACCAGAACCUACUCCAGGUGAGCUGCUCUGAACUGGGGAUUCCCUCAGAACAAGUGGAGAAGAUAAGGAAGCUGCCGAACACACUGCUCCGGAAGGACAAAGACAUUCAAAGGCUCCAGGACUUUCAGGAGAUAGAACUCCUCUUGGUGAAGAGUGGAAGCCCCGAAUGGACUCAACACACAGCAUCACCUCGGACAGAGACAUCAUGCUAUAAUAGCAACGCUGCAAAAAUGACUUACUAG